AUGACGGAACAGGGGCGGGAACAGGGGCGACCUCAUCCGACAAUAUCCCUUCGGAGGGCCGACCCCGGCGGGUAUGGACCACGACGCCUCGCCCGCGCACUGAAGCAGGGAGAGAGAUGUGGUGUCUACGUCGGCAUGUGCAUGCAUGCAUGGAUCCGACAUGGAUUCCAUCGAUCCACUUCACCCCCACCCACCGACAGAGAUGUGCAUCCGGUCGAUCCGGACCUUCAGCCGGCAUCAGCACAGACGUCUGCCCGCGCGCCCCGGGCGGAGUCGCGGGGAACUACCCCGCCGGCCGCCCCGGCACCAUCUCACCUUGAGCCGACGAGGAAACCACCCCGGGUCCCCGCGCCGGUCCGGAACGUCCUUGGCUCACUCAGCAACGUCGAACCGGUCUCGGGGCCCAGCCGCCCGACCCUGACGUGGAAAUCAUCACCGCCCCGCCCGCGCCGGCCCCCCCCGGGAGGCCAAAAGUUUUGCUCAACACAGCACCACCUCGACGACUGA